AUGACGACGACGAUGCGCGCGCCCGCUCGACCGCGCGCCGCGCCGACGCCGCGUCGCGACGCCGCGCGCGCGCCGCGCCGCGCGUCGCGCGCGCGCGCGGGCGACGUGAACAAGCGCCAGGAAGACCUCGGCGGACUCGGCGGCGACAUCGGCGCCCGCGAUCCCACCGCGGGCGAGCUCGAGAGCAAUUUCGGGACGUCCACGCUCGGACACGCGGACACCGAUCACAUCCUGCAGGUGCCGACGGCGAUGGCGGAGAUGAUCAUGCUGAAGAAUAAAAAGUGCGCGCCGGGGGCGCAGGCGGAAAAGUUGGACUUUCAGGGGCAGGAGGUGCUGCGGAAGCAGGUGUGGGACUGGAAGAUUCGCCCGGGACGAGGGAACUUCGAGUGCCUGCGUCGGGAGUUUCCGACGGCGGAGGGCGAGGCGGGGAGGCUGUGCGAAUUGAUCGCGGGGACGGCGACGGCGGAGGGAUGGGCGCCGGCGACGUGCGAGGCGACGAGCGGGAGCAAGGUGCUCGUGGAACUCGGGAGCGAUGCGCUCAAGGGCGUGUGCACGAAUGAUUUCAUUCUCGCGGCGAAGAUCGAUGCGAACGAGGAGGCGAUGGGGAUGUUGGUGAAGGAGGCACCCAAGGCGCGCAACUGGUUUUGA